AGCGCCAUCAUGACCUCCAUGGAUAUGUCUCUGGAUGAGAUAAUUGCUAAAAAUAGGAGAGAGAAAAGAUCAGGUAUGCUCUUAUUUCGAUCCAGAUAUAUUCGUAAUAUAGGAUUUAUACGUAUUGACGUUUUCAAAGUCGCAUUAGUAACUUAUUCGUCUUACAAUCCCAACAAAACUGUCCGCAUCAACAUUUCGAACCUAGCACCUUCUGUAGUUUCUUCUGAUUUGGAGGAGUUAUUUGUAAACUAUCGGAUCGAAGCUGCAACCGUAAACUACAACGAGUCAGGAGUAUCUGUUGGUACGGGCGAUAUCUAUCUACGUAGAAGUGAUGCUGAAAAUGUGAUCAACGAUUUCAAAGGUGUUGCACUUGAUGGACAGGUGAGCGACCUGAAUCUUGAGUUAGACCACAAACGCAACUACGCUGGUUCCCUUCAUUUUGUUAUCUUGUUACUUCGUUGCGUUAUCAAUUCGAUUCUCAACUCGAUGCUUUUUGAAAAGGAAGAUUUUCUGUGUUUAGGUGAACGCCGAGAUGGUAGAGGAAGCAGGGGUGGAGGAUUCGGUCGCAGAUCAAGAUCGGGACGGAGGUAUCCAUUAAGUUUUUGUUGUGAAGUGGCGCGGUUGUAUUCAUGA